AUGAAGCUUCUGAAUGCUGCUCUAUUCCUUAUUCUUGGGCCCACCUUGAUGCCAGCUUUGGACACUCUCAGCACCUCAAUCCUCACAGGAUGCGCUGCUCUUGCUUGGCAGCUCCUCUCCCCUCACUCUUGGCUCAAGUGCCAUUUCCUGAAGUGCUGCAAUAUGAAGGACACACUGAACAUACCAGUUUUAAAGAGGGAUUUGGACCAAAAAGUCUUUGGCCAGCACCUUGCUAUCCAGAUAGUUCUGAAAGUUCUGAGUGCAAAUAUACAAUCCGAACGGCCCAGGAAGCCCCUGGUGAUGUCCUUCCACGGCUGGACUGGAACAGGCAAAUCGUUCAUCAGCAGUAUCAUUGCAGAGAACCUCUAUCAGCUUAGUACACCAAGGAGGAUGUUUGUGCACCACUUCAGCACAAUACUGCAUUUCCCACACCUUUCACACGUCCAUCUCUAUAAGGAGCAGCUGCAGAAUUGGAUUCGGGGCAAUGUCAGCACCUGUCCAAGGUCCCUUUUUAUCUUCUCUGAAAUGGAUCAGAUGCCACAUGGCCUGAUAGACUCUAUCAUGCCGUUCCUUGGCUACCAUGGAGAGGUUGAUGGUGUUUACUAUGGCAAGGCAAUCUUCCUCUUUCUGAACAAUGCAGGCGGAGAUAAGAUAACAGAGAUUGCUCUCGACCACUGGAGAAGGAUGAAGAGAAGAGAAGACAUUCCCCUGAAGACACUCCAGUCUCUGCUCUCGGAGGAAAUCUUCACGAACAGAAACAGUGGUUUAUUUCAAAGCCAGCUGAUCCAGAAGAACGUGAUUGACUAUUUCAUCCCUUUCCUUCCUCUCGAGUAUAAACACGUGACACAGUGUGUCCGGCAGGAGCUGCGCACACAAGGACAUCCCGAGGAUGAAGACUUCAUCGCAGAGAUUGCAAUGGCAAUGACCGACUACCCCAGCGAAGAAAGACUCUACUCCACCAAAGGCUGCAAGACGGUAGCCACCAAAGUGUCUCUGGGUAUCUAG